AUGGUCCGAGUUGAGCGCGACGCCUCUUGUCUUCAAACCAUCACCAUCCUCAAAGAAUUUCCGUCUUGUCGCAUAUUCCCUCCACCUCAAACCAUUACGGGGCACCUAAAUAUGAUGCCACUCACGAGCACUGUUAACAUCGAACAAUUCGUCCCUGAUCACCUACCCAACAACAACGCCGACGCGUUCGACGCUGUUAUCGCGGCUCUCAAGAAUGAGAGAGUCCUUGUUUCUGCCCGCCAGACAAAGGGACAGCGUUCCUCAAAGCUUGGAUACGGCUUUGGAUUGCUGAAGUCCUUGUUUUCAUCUCGCCCUCCUAAUCCAAACGAGGUCCUCGAGUCUUUGCGAACGAUAUGCCAGGUCGUCAACAAAACUUUGGAAACUCUCGGAAUUCUCGUGCCAGGUGGCAAAAGACUGUCGAUGCGAGCCAACGGCAACAGUGGGCUUCUGGCCGACGCCUGCUUCACAAAGGAAACGGAAGGGCCGCUGAGCCCUCUCGAGGUCGUCGUUCCUAUUGCUGCGCUUCCUCGAAAUGAGAGUGAAAAAAAGGGAAAGAACCACCUCAUGAAGCGUAUGGUUACCACCAUGAACGAAGACCCGCGCAGAUUAUUCACGUACGGGAUCACCAUUCACCAUGACCAGAUGACUUUGUAUCGCGUCACUCGCUCGCAUAUGGUCCAAUCUUCUCCGUUCAGCAUGACUGAGUCCGCGGACGUCUUAACUCGAGUGCUACUCUCCCUUGUCACUGCGACCGACGAGGAGCUUGGAUACGACCCUUUGGUGACAAUGCUCCCAGACGGGAGCUACAUCUACCAGUUACCACCCGAGGGAGGACGAUCGACCCCUCUCUUUUAUCAGACCUUGGAGCUGAUCACCCACUACCCAUCGACGAGUCUCGGAGACCGCAACGCUCGGGUAUGGAGGGUUAAGCGGGUUGUCUCUCCAACGAACCGGGAGCGCGUGGGUGGAGAGCAGGACAGAGUUCUCAAGGACUUGUGGGUCGAUCAAGGGGCGCGCACCGAAGCGGAUAUUCAGGAGGAUCUUUUUGAAGAUAUCUCGGCCGUAGCGAAAGACGAAAACUGGCGCAAGAAGCCGAUCUUCCAGGAUUUCUUCGAGCGCGAUGUCGAGUCUCUGGCCGAAGCCCUGCAAGGCGAUAACUUCAAACGCUACUUUUCGUGCAUCAUUGCCAAACACGUCCUCUCACCCUCUCCCGAUAAGCGCCGGUGCUUCUUCGUGUACGAAUCCGUCUGCACUCCACUCCAUGAUAUUGCAACCUUUGGCGAAGUAAUCGAUAUUCUCAGGCAGUCCGUGACCGCACUUCGACUCAUGUUCUGCGCUGGCUGGGUCCACCGGGAUGUCAGCACGGGAAAUAUACUAGCCCUUAAAACGGGCUCGAGCUCCUCAUGGCAAGUUAAGCUUUCCGACCUUGAAUAUUCAAGGCGAUUCCCAGAUACAAACCUCUCCGACGGCGAGCAGAUAAUGGGGACUCCAUAUUUCAUGGCAUGUGAAAUCCACUUCGGGAAGCAUCUGUUCCCAUCGGAUCCCGAAACCGUGUGGACCAAACGAUAUCCUCGAAGACCUGUAAUCCAUGGGUACCAACACGACCUAGAGGGUAUCUGGUGGAUAAUCCUCUGGUUCUCUACGAUGCGGAUUGACCAAGAAGACCUCUCCCGCGAGUUCGGUCGCCUGCACUUCCAGCAGCCGAUGGACGACCACUGCAUUGGUCGACGUUGUUUACUCUUCACGGAUCAAGACCACCUCGCAGGACUUCCGACACUAGUCGACUCCCUUCCUUCCGAGCUCCUAGACUCCAACUUCCUCGACGAACUCCAGAGACUCAAGUAUCAGAUCCACGGCGAAUACAUCAUUCGCAACGCCGAGGGGAAACAGGACGAUAUCAGUACCUACUCGUAUGUUAUCAGCCAGUCUUUCACUCGUUUCUUCGAACGUCUCGAGGAGUCUCGCGCCAUGUGGGAUGACCUUAAGCUAUCGACCACUGCCGAAUUGCGACACGAAUGCGAUGUGGAGACACAACCGUACCGCGCCCCGCGAAAGCGAAGGGCAGAUGAUGAUGAGGGCUCCGAUAGGGAAGAGGAGGGUGUCCGGGUCGAACGGAAGGCUGCUGAGAAGAGGAAAAUGAAGGACGAUCGACCAAAGCAAGAUCGACCGAGGAAGAGGGCCCGCUUUGAUGCCCCUUUCCCAGAGGUCCAAACCCCGAUCCGAAGGUCAGGACCGGUGACGAGGUCAAUGACCCGCGCGGCUCAAAACAUUGGCCCCAUCACGAGAGCUGCUGCUCGCCGUAUGCGUGAGGCUGCCGCAUCAAAAAACAAGACGACCACUACGGUCCGGAGGUCUCGACGAUAA